GGGAAACGAAAUAUCGAGUAUAAAGUUGCUGGGGGAGCUGGAGCGAGAUGCAUGUGCAUGUCCUGAAAUCGAUUGGAUGUGAACGCAGACGCAUAGGCUUGCGCCUUGGGUUUGUGUUUGUGGAGCUCCAGGAAUGAAGUAGUACUGCCAGCAUAUUCGGAGAUGACAAUUCAUAAGGGUAUCAACCCAGUUGUGCAUUUGUUAAGUACCAUCAUCUCAUUCUAAGUUUUGGAAAAUAUUUUUUAAUUGUUAAAUUUCAUUGUAAAUGACUGCAAAGUGUUGCAAAAGUGACGGAGAAUUCGGUAUUGGGAUAAUGUAAGGGGCGAUUACAAGACGAUGGGUUUAAGUAUCAGAGGUGAAUCGAAUCUCGGUUGCAUAUUCUUUGACCAUCAGCGUGUCAACGACAGUCGGCGGUGUACUGGAUACGUCAAAAUUCAUUAAUCAUGGGGACAGAGAGACGUGCUAAAUUUCGCAAAAAGAAUGAACGAGUUAACAGUCUCAUGGUCAACGGAAUAUUGGAAUUUACGCUAGUUUUUCACCUGUAGAGCAUGGGUACCCGAAGAACAGGAUUCACAAGCCUUGGGGGUGGAUCAUCUGUUUCUCGAGGAAGUGCUGGAGUGCUGAAAGACCGUGCUAAUAUGUCAUUCAUGCUCGUUGUCAUGUUCUUCGCGGUAUUCGGUCUCAUUGUACUGACAGAGAUUUUUCUAAUCGAUGAGAGACGGUCUAACGGAGGCACUGGAGCCCUCGGAGGACACAGAAAUGGUCAUCGUAUGGUGGGACCUCCUGAUCGUCCUGACUACGAGGAAGUUGCGGCUGAGGAUUAUGUUGGAUUAAGGGGGGGAUUUGAUGCACAAGUUGGGCUUCUUAUUCACGGAGAUAGCAGUGCAAAAGUUGCACCAAUUCCUUCAGACCCCCGGGGUUUAUCGAGCUUACCACCGAGUAUGGAACAGCAGCUCCCAACUCUUGAUCAGAACCUGAAAAUGACUCAUGCUGAAUGGCUUCCAGUAACGAACACCAGAUACAAAUUUUUCGUAUACUCAGCCUACUUCGACGAUCGCAAUGGAGGGAAUCCCACUUCAAAGCAUACCUUGAAAUCAUUAAAAUCACCAGGCUCAAUUCGAAUAAUCGGUGCAACUAAAACUCGGUCACCGGAGCGUGUGUGGUGUCGUCUGUGGUACAGACGACCCCCAAACGCUUCAAACGUAACUUUAUCAGUAACAGUGGCGGCAAAGACCAAAGUGAUACGAGAGAAUUGGAAUUUAAAAUACAGUGCGUGCUUCGUUAUAUGUCCUUUACCAAAAGAAGCGCCAAACGGUGUUGACCUGGAAAAGCCCAUUCCCGAGGCUGUAAGUAUUGUUGCUCGACUUAGAGCAUCACCAACUAAUCGAAUACUCGUACAGAAUCGACCAGAAGACAGACCCAUCGAUCGUGAGCCCUUAGGAGUUUGCGUUAAGCCACUUCAUUAUGAUUACAAUAGGGUUCUACAAUUAGUUGAGUUUAUUGAGCUUCAUCGGCUCCUUGGAGCCUCGCACAUUACGUUGUACAAUGACACGGUUGGCAGUGAAGCUGGAUGCGCACUUCAGUACUAUAAGAGUUUGGGAAUCGUCAAUAUUCUACCGUGGCAUCAUCUUGACAUGAUAUCACAGAGGGAAAUUCGAACUGAGAAUCUUUUUGCUGCGCUCAAUGAUUGUUUAUAUCGAUCCAUGUAUAAAUAUGAAUUCGUGGCACUCUUGGAUCUUGACGAAUUCGUUAUUCCAAGGCAUAACGACACAAUUGUGGAUCUUUUAAGCUGGAUGAGCAAUCGAAUAAAUACAAAAACUAGUGGGGCAUUUUCUUUCCAAAAUGCAUUUUUCUAUCUUCAAUGGCCUGAUGAUCCAUGGGUGACCUCUAGCAAAACACAGCCGGAAGCUGGUCUAAUAACUCUAAGGAAAACUCGAAGAAGAUCAAAACUUCACCCCCACAAACAACGCUCAAAAUAUAUUUGUAAACCUCGCGAUGUCGUAGAAGCUGGCAAUCACUUUGUUUGGGAAUUCUUAACUGGUCGUGGUACACUCAAUGUACCUGCGGAUGCAGCAAUACUACAUCAUUAUAGGGUAUGCGAAUUUGGUGGGGAUGAUUGUAUAAAAACACCAUCAGUCAUUGACAGAACAACGUACAAAUAUCGUGAAAAGUUAUCGGAAGUUGUUGAUAAAACAUGGGGGGAAAUUGGGGAGAAUUGUAAUUUGCCAGAACUCGAGCCAGUGCCAGUUUUAUCGCCACUUGUGCCGAGCAGUCCCGACCACAUUCCAACGAGGUAGCAGAUAAAUAUUAUUUGCAAUAGCAUUUUUCAAACUUCUUUUCUCUUAUCAAUGAAGAGAGAGAAAAUACAUACCUAUCAUCUUUCACAUUCACUUUCAUCGUAUUUGCAUCCUUUGUUAUUCACGUUCAUGACAAGUAAACGAAUGAAAUCAAAGAACUAAGCAUCUUAAUAAGAUCAACAGAAACGCCUAUCGGUGAUCAACAGAAAUCGAACUUCAUUAUUCACCCGUUUAAUGAAUAAAUUAAGUUAGUAGUGAAGAGUUGCAAAAAAGCAGAUGAGUCCAAAAUAUACUCGGAGAUUAUUUUACGAUGAUUUUCAGGAAAUGAGCUUUUGGGGAAAUGUGAAAAAAUUUUAUCAACGUCAUAAAUACUUCUGAAAUCGUACAUUACCAUAAUCAAUUUAAUUCCGAGUUAGAAUGAUAAUUACCUACAAAACUGGUUAUGUCGGGGGAUAUUUUUUCUGCAAACAUAUGCUCAUUUUCAGAGAUCAUUGCAAAACUAUGUGUUUAACAUUUCGGACAAAUCUUCUCUCUCUUCACUAGAGGAAUCGAAUUUAUAUAUCCAGUUCGUAUCAAACGAGGGAAGUUACUGGGCUGCUCUACUGCGUAAACGUCUGUGGUAACUUUUUUUAACGAAAAGAAUACAGUAUCGAGGGCAAUGAUUUUUAAAAUUUUUUUUGCCUAAGGUCUAAAAGUUUAAAUGAAAACUCUGAAAAACGUCCUUUUAAUUGAAAUAACUGUUUGUGGAAUCUCUUGGUAACGAAAUUUCAUCGCGUGGGCCUAAAAAUGCAGUAUUUCUUCGGUGAAUUUUACUUUAACCACUGUCAAUGAAGAUUUCAAGCGAACACCAAUGCAUAUCCAUAUGAAAAAAAAAAACAAAUUUAACAUGAAAAAUUGAAUUUCGCAUUAGUUUAUAGCUGAGUAAAUAUAGACAGAUGGCGUUUUGGUACUAUAAUCCGUAGUAUUAAACAAUUUAUUUAUAUUGAUUUGUCGACGUAUUUAUCAUGAAGCACCAUUGAAUUUUAUUAACAUGUUUUCUGUACGAAAAUUCAAUGGUACUAAUUAAAUUGUGAAUCAUCGAAUUUUUUUUACUUCAAUUCAGUGAAUAUGGAAUGUCGCGCAACAAUUUACGAUAUUUCUACUGUCUAAUAGCGCAAGGAGGAAGUAUUGAAUGCUUGAAUAUUUGAUAAUUCACAAAUUAAACGAUACGUGAAUAUGAUCUCUGAUUUGCUCAAUGAACAAGGCCGACAAUGAUAAUUUUCUGAACACUAUUGCGUUCAUUCAGCAGUGAUGGAUAACAUAAGGUGACACUGGCAUGAGUUUACAGAUAAUUUUUCGAAUAACUCAAAAAGAGAGGGGAGGGGAACCGACGAACGUUUUUUUUAUGAUAAUUUUUUUAACUGGGAAAAAUGUCUCGAUAUACCUUUCCUUUCCAUGUGUCUAAAAUGAUCUGUGUAUCAUUGUCGGGUCCUCUUAGUAAUGUGCUAUAGAGUUACUCAUUUUAUUGAUAUUCCGUUGAUGAUUAAAAUAUAUUGAAUCUUUAGUGGAAGUUCUCAAGGGCUCCUCCAAGUCCGUAAAAAAUGAAUCGAUGAUUCUUAAAUGAAAAAUAAAAAUUGCUAAAAAAAGCGAAUUCAAACAUAUAGUUUUUUACUUUGUAAUAAAGAAUUGAACAAAUAUUAAUAAUAUGAAUCAUUGCAUGGCUUGUAGGACGUUCUUUUAAGUGAAUAAUUUUAUUCAUAAUAUUACUGUAAAUUAUUUGGUGCUAAUAAAAAACGAAUCAGUUUUCAUGAAAUAUGAAAA